UUGAAGAUCAUUCAUCUUGACUUGGACAUGAGAACAUUGUAAUGGGUGUUUUGAACCCGAAGACUAUUUUCCAGCAAGACUUGUAGGUCGUUCUCUAUUCUAUUCUUGAUAUUAUCAGCGUUCUCUCUGUAGCCGAGCACUGGCGUAAGAGUUUUGGACCGUGGAAAUGGCGAACGUCGCGUCUCCUUCGCCGAAGGCAAGCCUGUCGAAAACCAUUCUAGAUAUGAAAUUCAUGCAGCGCAAGAAGGAGGCGGAACACCGCAAGCAGCUGGAAGAGAACCGACAGCGCGACAUCAACGAAGCGCACUGGACCAAUCCGGACAGCGUGGAUGGAUCUUCUGUGGAGAUGGGAUUUUCCUAUGCGGACUGUGAGCCUAUUGAGCCAUGUGCGCGGCGUUCGUUUCACAAGUUCAAUCCGGCAAUAGAGAAACUCUACCGACAGUUGAAGUACAACAAGGUUGAGGAGGAGGCGAUGAAGCGUGAAAACGAGCAGGCUGUUACUGAAGAGGAAAUGGCCGAUCGGUAUGAGAAUUUGGUCGGUAGCAUUGCAAAGAAGUUCAAGAAGUCUGAACGUCAGGACCAGCUUGAUGAUGUGAAGGCCAGGCAGGGAGGCAACAGCCAGCGGAAGAGAAAGAGCGCGUCCGAUGACGCAGAGCGACCGCGAAAGUUCCUCAAGCCAUCCGAUUAGCGAAUGGAACACUGUCGAGCUGUGUGAGCUUCUUGGGUUGGCGGGAGAGUGCAGUCACGCACGCUUACAUCUAGCAGAUUGGACCAACACAUGGCUUGUCGUGUGAUAUUCUCAUGCCGGUGUGUACCCUCUGCCUGCGUGCAGUGCUGUGCCGGGUGGGUGCAAGUCUGCAGUGUUGCCAAUGCCAGAGUUGGAGACUUGCCAUGCACUGAUUAGUUCAAUCGCUACUACACAGGUUGGAGUACAGUAGGUCAAGUGUGUCACGACUUGUUAUCCGUGACAUUAACCAUGGCACCUUACUAUGGCGAUUUGCCUCUUUUCGAAACAUCCGAUCUCCCUUGUUUGACUUUAUCCACCGACACAAUCUAUCUUCGAAUGGUGAUGUCCUGUGAAGUGUUGCGCUGUUUUAACCCCGGGUCAUUGUUUGACUUGCUGUGUAUGUAGUCGAGUUGCAAAGCUGAUUUGUUCAGUUGAUUGGUUGGUUCAUUACUCGGUUCUGUACUCGUUAUGGUCAUGUGACCGCGUUCUGCUUUAUUUUAGUGCGUACACUACUUCUGAUGAUCUACAUUGAUCGUGCUAUGUUGUUCCGAGUGCUUUUUUGCCCUGUUGAGAAUCUGUUUCAAGAGCAGCUUGA